AUGAGCCAAACCGUCUAUCUAAUCUUUCUCUUGGUUACCGUUCUUGCCGUAAUCUCUACACCAGCCACUGCUGCUGGUCUUGAAAAGAAGUGGAAUAAUCAAUGUUGUCCAAUUGCUCUCUGUGUAUUUGAGAAGAACCAGAAAUUUAGGCACAACUUUAAACGCAAUGUAAACAAGUUUGAUGGAUUUAUUCAGUUUACGGAAACGUUUGACGACCAACUAUAUAUCAGCGGUUUCUUGGAUGUUGAAAACGUUAAGAAGAAGACUGCGGCCGACAAACUUUCGCCUCUGUUUGACGUACACGUAACCGAGUGUCAUGACUUUAGCUUUAACAAUAUUGAAGACGGUCUUGAUUUGGAUGAUGUCAAUAACAUUUUCGAUCUGCCAUUCGUUAAAGUUGCCAAAGGCAAAAAGGUUAGCGAUGUUGUUGACAAAUGCUGCAUUGUAGCAAAGGAUAAAGGCUCCACCGGCCAUGAAAUCUUGGGCGUUGCAACCGUGAAGCAUGCCGUAAAGUGCGAUCCUAACUCUAUUGUUCUAGACAGACUUUAA